UGUCGUUCCAUCUCUCCGUUCUCUCUCUCCUCUGUCUGAUCAUCUACUGCUUCAUCUACAUCCUCCACAACUCGCCCCACCUGUGACACACACACACAUACACACUCACACACUCACUCACACACACAAAAGAGAGGGAGCGUCCACAUUUCUGUAUUUUCCAUCCAUCCAUCCAGCCAUCGCUUCAUUCAUCCCUUCCAUUCCUUCUGUUCCUCAUGGCCUAACGCUCUCUCUCUUUCCCUCUCUCUCUUUUUCAUCCCUUUCAUUCUUUCCUUUUUCUCUCUCAUCAUUUUGUCUUCUUUUCUCGCUUUCAUUCUCAUUUCUUUCAUCUCUUUUUCAUUCUCCCAUUUUAUCCUUUCAUUCUUUCCUUUUCUCUCACUCUCUUUAACUUUUAUAUCUGCUCCAUCUUUCUCUUUUCUCCAUCCAUCAUUGCUCUCUCUUUCUUGCUGUCUCUGUCUGGGAGCAUCUCUCUCUCUUUCUCUCUCUCUCUCUCAUUCGGAGCGAUUGAUUUCUCUCUCUCCUGGUCUUUCCCCUCCCCCACUCUGCCUCUCUGAUUUGGGGAACUCUAUGUUGGGAUGAUCGUUUCUCCUACAGCACCUGUUGACCUCUGACCUCAGCGUUGAGCCUGGUACUAAGCCGGCCUGGAACCGGGCACUUUCCUGGCGCUGACCUGGUGCUGACCCUGCCUGGACCCUGACACAGAUCCGAAUUUGACCCUCAACUUUGACCUGGAACCGAACCUGAUGCCGAUCUUUGAGUUGAUCUGCUAUGAAUUGUGGCCUUGACCCUGCUAGUGAUCCAGCACUCACACCUGUGCUGACACCCACAUUCACCUGGCACUGAUCCAGCACGGUUCUGGUACUGAUUGAGCUUCUGACCCGGCUGUGUUUAGUGUAAAUCUGGCUUUGGAUUUUUUUUUUUUACGUGGACGGUAAAAUCGUUUCUGCUGCUCAGCUCAGAGUCUGACUGCUGUACUGACCAGACCACACCCCCUCACAGAAACCCCGCCCCCUGCUGCAGCCGCCCCCUGUCUCCCUGAACUGACUGUCACAACCUUCACACAACCCCGCCCCCAACGGAUGCCAACCCACCAUCCAGCCUGAAAAGGUGUGUGAGGAUAUGAGAGGGGGAGUAACACCAUGCUGCUUCUGACAUGCAGGAAUGAGUGUGUGGCUGGCAGUAAACAAGGUUUUUCUGGCCUCCUCGUCCACCAUGCUGGUUUGCGGUCACUGUGGCUCGUCUCUGCCUCGUCAGGAGAAAAGGGCGUGUCCUCUUUCUCUUACCCCGUCUCCUGCUCCUUUCCGCCUCUGGCCCCGCCUCUCUCUGAUCCAGCUCCUCCUUUUGUGCCUUCUGCUGCUGCCCCCAGGUGGUCAGUCCAGAAGGGACCGAGGGGGCGGAGGGGGUGUGGCCCACUACCUCCCCGGGGCAGGCCAUGAGCUGCUGGGGGUUGGGCCUAAACUGCUGCAGGGUCUGAGCAUCGCUGUGGUUCUGGUGGGGAACUCCAGUGAGGUGGCGAUGGCCAGCGCCCGUGACAAAGACGACUUCGCCCACACCCCUCUGGCCCCCAGCGUGGAGAUGCUGACCAUGAACGAAACCGACCCCAAGAGCAUCAUCAAGAGCAUCUGUGACCUGAUGACGGACCACUGGUUACAGGGCGUCGUGUUUGGAGACGACACCGACCAGGAGGCCAUCGCUCAGAUACUGGACUUCAUCUCCGCCCAAACGCACAUCCCCAUUCUGGGGGUCAAAGGAGGAUCCUCUAUGAUCAUGGCUGCUAAGGAUGAUAACUCCAUGUUUUUCCAGUUUGGGCCAUCUAUCGAGCAGCAGGCCUCUGUGAUGCUGAACAUCAUGGAGGAAUAUGAUUGGUACAUUUUCUCCAUUGUGACCACGUACUACCCCGGCUACCAGGACUUCGUCACCAAGAUCCGGAACACUAUAGAGAACAGUUUUGUCGGCUGGGAGCUGGAGGAGGUGCUGCUGCUGGAUAUGUCUGUGGACGACGGGGAUGCGAAGAUCCAGAACCAGCUGAAGAAGCUGCAGAGUCCGGUUAUCCUGCUUUACUCCACCAAGGAGGAGGCCAACAUCAUCUUCGAGGUGGCGCACUCCGUCGGCCUCACGGGAUACGGAUUCACCUGGAUCGUGCCGUCUCUGGUGGCGGGGGACGCUGACCACAUCCCUCCAGAGUUCCCCACAGGUAUGAUCAGUGUGUCGUAUGAUGAGUGGGAUUAUGGGCUGGAAGCUCGGGUGCGUGAUGGCAUAGCUGUAAUCGCCAUGGCGACCUCAACCAUGAUGAUGGACCGAGGUCCGCACACACUGCUGAAGUCCGAAUGUCAUGGAGCUCCGGAGAAGAAAACCCAAAUGACAGGCAACCCUAACGAAGUGCUGCGGUAUCUGAUGAACGUGACGUUUGAAGGUCGUAACCUGUCCUUUAGUGAGGACGGAUACCAGAUGCACCCAAAGCUGGUCAUCAUCCUGCUGGACAAAGAGAGACAGUGGGACAGGGUGGGGAAGUGGGAGAACGGCUCGUUGUCGAUGAAGUACCACGUGUGGCCACGGUUCGAGCUGUACUCAGGAGCAGAGAGCCGCCAGGAUGACCACCUCUCCAUCGUCACUCUGGAAGAAGCUCCGUUUGUUAUAGUGGAGGAUGUAGACCCUCUGAGCGGAACCUGCAUGAGGAACACGGUUCCCUGCAGGAAACAGCUGAAAAUACGCAAUCAGACCAGGGACUCGGGGGUGUACAUCAAACGCUGCUGUAAGGGUUUCUGCAUCGACAUCCUGAAGAAAAUCGCCAAGACAGUGAAGUUCACCUACGACCUUUACCUGGUCACCAACGGCAAGCACGGCAAGAAAAUAAACGGCACCUGGAAUGGCAUGGUGGGAGAGGUUGUGUUGAAGAAUGCCCACAUGGCUGUUGGUUCUCUGACAAUAAAUGAAGAGAGGUCAGAAGUCAUUGACUUUUCUGUGCCGUUCAUUGAGACGGGCAUCAGUGUCAUGGUUUCCCGCAGCAACGGCACCGUGUCACCUUCAGCCUUUCUAGAGCCCUUCAGUGCGGAUGUGUGGGUGAUGAUGUUCGUCAUGCUGCUGCUGGUUUCUGCCUUCGCCGUCUUCGUGUUUGAGUAUUUCAGCCCUGUGGGAUACAACCGCUGCCUCGCCGACGGACGGGAGCCCGGAGGUCCGUCGUUCACCAUCGGGAAGGCGAUCUGGCUGCUGUGGGGUCUGGUCUUCAAUAACUCUGUCCCUGUGCAGAACCCUCGUGGCACCACCAGUAAGAUCAUGGUGUCCGUCUGGGCCUUCUUCGCUGUCAUCUUCCUGGCCAGCUACACUGCCAACCUGGCGGCUUUCAUGAUCCAGGAGGAGUAUGUGGACCAGGUGUCUGGCCUUAGCGACAAAAAGUUCCAGAGGCCUAAUGAUUUCUCACCCCCAUUCCGCUUUGGAACUGUCCCGAACGGCAGUACAGAGAGGAACAUCCGCAAUAACUAUAAAGAGAUGCACUCCUACAUGGUGAAGUUCCACCAGCGCAACGUGGAUGAAGCUUUACAGAGCCUGAAGGCCGGGAAGCUGGAUGCGUUUAUCUAUGACGCAGCGGUGCUGAAUUACAUGGCUGGGAGGGAUGAGGGCUGUAAGCUGGUGACGAUCGGCUCAGGGAAGGUUUUCGCCUCUACGGGAUACGGCAUCGCCAUCCAGAAAGAUUCUGGCUGGAAACGACACGUCGACCUGGCAAUCCUACAGCUGUUCGGAGACGGUGAGAUGGAGGAACUGGAGGCUCUGUGGCUGACAGGAAUCUGCCACCAUGAGAAGAACGAGGUGAUGAGCAGCCAGCUGGACGUGGACAACAUGGCGGGAGUGUUCUACAUGCUGGGAGCAGCGAUGGCCCUGUCGCUCAUCACCUUCAUCGCAGAGCACCUCUUCUACUGGCAGCUCCGCUUCUGCUUCAUGGGAGUGUGUUCCGGAAAACCAGGCUUCACCUUCACCAUCAGCAGGGAGAUAUACAGCUGCAUCCACGGAGUUGAGAUUGAGGACAAGAGUUCAGCGCUGAAUUCCCCCUCAGCCACCAUGAACAACACCCACUCCAACAUCCUCCGGCUUCUCCGUACUGCGAAGAACAUGGCUUCCCUGUCUGGGGUCAACGGCUCACCCCACAGCGCUCUGGACUUUAUCCGCCGCGAGUCGUCCGUCUACGACAUCAGUGAGCACCGCCGUAGCCUGGCCGGACACUCGGACUGCAAGGCCCCCUACCUGCCGGACGACAACAUGUUCAGUGACUACAUCAAUGAGGUUGAGCGCACCUUUGGCAACCUGCACCUCAAAGACAGUAACCUGUACCAGGAGCACUACCUACAUCACCACACGGGCUCAGCUCUUGGGCUGUCUGGUCCACCUCUCCCCCGUCCUCCCAGCCUGGGGUCAAGCAGCUCCUUGGAAGGUGGCAUGUUCGACUGUGAAAGUUUAAGCGGUGGGGUGGCACCAGUCUUCACCACCCAACCCUGCUCUGCCCUUACUCACAGGAACAUGAGCAAGUUUGACUUGCUGCAAGCCCAGACCCCACCAUCCGCUCCAGGUUUUAAGCAGGGAUUAGCUGAUUUGUAUGGGAAGUUCUCAUUUAAGGGCGGUGCCUCCAGCUCAGGUUACAUCCCAACAUGUCAUGACCGCUACUGCAGUGGUGGAGAUGAUAUGUCUGACAUCUCCACACAUACCGUCACCUAUGGCAACCUUGAGGGCAACAGCAAGAAGCGCAAGCAGUACCGGGAUAGCCUGAAGAAGAGGCCUGCAUCGGCCAAGUCUCGCCGCGAGCUCGUCCGAGAAAUGGAUCACGCUGAGAUGGGUUAUCGACGCCGGCCACAUCACAGUCACCACCAUUAUCAUUCCAAACGCUCAACAUCCCCACCCCUGCGAGGAGGAGGAGGGUCGUCCUCCUUCCUCUACCAAGACAAGGAGGAGAGUCUGCGGGACUUCUACCUCGACCAGUUCCGGCCCAAAGAGGGCGUGCCGCAGUGGGAGCACGUGGACCUUACGGAUGGGCCAGGUGGGGUUGUAUCUGGGGGUGCAGCCAACUGCACCAGUUUGGUGCCAGUGGAAGACUUCCUAAAGAGCAAACCUUCAAAGGUGGAUAGUAAAGGUGUAGGUGGGGAUUGGGAAUGCCGGAACUGCCGCGCAAGCAUCGCAGGAAGCAAACGUAUGCCAUUGCAUUCUGGUUAUGGAGGGGGUGGGGUCACUAGCUGCGGUGCCUCUGGAGCCGGGCUCGGUGGCGGGGCCAGUCGGCCCAGUUCAGCCACGUGUAUGAGGUGUGACGCAUGCAAAAAAUCUGGCAACCUUUAUGACAUCAGCGAGGACAGCAACCACUUAUUGGAGCAGCUAGUGAGUGGAAGGGGGCAGACUCCAUCACAGCGGCGGCGAGCUUUCAGUGGGAAGCCUCUCCGGAGACAGCACUCGUAUGACACUUUCAUGGACAUGCAGAGAGAGGAGGGGAUGGGGCUUGGACUAAGUGGGGAUGUCAUGGGUGGAGCCUUACCUCCACCCCCUCGCAGUGUGAGCCUGAAGGAGAAAGAGCGCUACAUGGAGGGCAGCAGUCCCUUUGCACACAUGUUUGAGCACCAGGUGACCACAGACCGGGAGUUCUACAGUCCAGGUGACCAUGGAAAAGGUUCAACAUUUGGCCUUUUCCAAGGGGGUGACCUUGGACCUCACCGGCGCUCGGUGGGAGAGAGAGACCUCAGGGAGAGAGGCUUGGCCGAGGGACCUGGCUACUCUCUUUCCAAAUCUCUCUACCCAGAUCGCACCAACCAUAACCCUUUCAUCCCCACAUUCGGGGAUGACCAGUGCCUGCUGCACGGAGCCAAGAGCUACUACAUGAAGAAGCAGCAGCAGCAGCUUUCCUCCUUCCUGCCCUCCUCUCGCUUUCCCAGCCAGCAUUCCGGCAGCAAGCUGGGCCUUGGUCCACCCAGGCCCUUCAACGGCACCAACGGCCACGUGUACGAGAAACUCUCGAGCAUUGAGUCGGACGUGUGAGACAAAGUGAGGAGGAAAGAGGGAGGAGAGGAGGAUGGAGAGGGAAUGGAGAUGCUAGAAAUGGGGUCUAGGAAUUUGGUGUUGAGGUUGUAGUAGAAGGCCUUGAUUUCUGUAUGUUUGCACCGGUCAAAUCUCAAACUCUGAGAAAGCAUACACCCCAUCCUGUGAAUCUCACGAUUCUCUCCACAGCCUGCAGAGUGCUAAAGAGAGGAAGUGGAGAGAUGGAGAGAUUAGACAAGUGGCCAUCUGGGCAAGUGUCAGAGAGAGAGAGAGAACUGGAGAGGAGAGUGCAGGAGUUCUGUCAACCCUCCCUAAAAGGUUUUUCAGUUUCUCUCUGUCCUUCUGUCUCACUCUCUUUCUCCCACUCACAUCCUGUCUCCUGCCCUCUUCUCCUUCUUCCGCCUCCUCGGCUCACGUGUGAAACAGUGAAACAAUCAUUUAAGAGAAAAUUCUUACUGACGCCAACAGGGUACUAAUCAAUAACACUACCAAUAGCAUUGUGAAGCAGAGCUGGUACUAAGACUGAUAUUGCUAAUGCCGGUUAAGGUGUGUAAAAGGGACACUUUUGGCAUUUUGGACGCUGUGUUGUCGGGCUGCGUGGCACUAGGCUCGCUCCCGAAUCAACACAGCGGACUCUUUUCAUUUUCCAUUCUUAAUGUCUCGCCAUUCUGAUGGUUCCAGAGUGACCUAAGAAAGCGUUUCAAACUGUGCUGAUAAGAAUGACGGAAAAAGAUGAGCUCAAGAACGGAGUGGUCCAUCGGCUCAUUCUCGACUCAUCGCACACUCGCAAACACACACAACACACAAACACAUACUCACAUCCACACAUCCACUUAAAAAUACACACAUUACUGUUCUAAAAGCCAGGGCCGAGAUCCUCCGCUGAACGAGGGUGUCCUUUGGUGUCAUUCGCAAACCUCAGCCACUGACCUCAGCCGCUGACGUGGUCCAUUUCCACCCAAAAGCCCUGAUUUUGACCAUAUGACGUUCACGUGACCCUGUUUCUCACUUACUUGUGUCACUUUUCUUUUGAAGCCAGUUGGCAGGUCAGGGUGUGAUAAUCAGAGCAAGUGGUCAGGAAGGAAAAAAAGAGAAGGACGGCGGGCCUGUCAGUAUCUGCUGAUGUAAAUACCACACUCUACUUUCUACAGUCUCUCUCUCUCUCACACACACACACACAAAAAACUCUCACACACUCGCACAUAAUUCUCUUACAGUCUGACAUACAGGAUGGACCUUUAUUAUACCUUUUACAAAAUUUAACAAAUAACCACAAUAAGAAGAAAAACAAAAAAAAACUCAAAAACAAAAAUAUGCAAACUGUAGUUAAGACUAAAGUAUUACUCAUUAUAAGCGAUAUAUUAAGCAGUAGUUCCUUUGCUUUUAAAUUCAUGCUAAUGAUUCUAGUUAAGAAGCGACUGGUUAAGAGUGUGUUUUGCUUCUCGGAGACGCCGCAGUGUGUGACGCCUGUGUUUCUGAAGCGCUCUGUAAGAACAUUUGUUUAGUUUUUAGGGCUCUUCGGUAAAGUUUCCCUUAAAUUUCGUUCUCGUGAUCGCUUUCUACAGCAGCUCAUCGUGCUUUCCGCUUAGCCACACCGCGGAACAUCUUUGAUCAUCUAGAACACUCUUACACUCACGUCACGUUCUCUCGCCGGCCCACACGCGCUCCGCCUGGUGUGAGCUUCUGGUUUCCGAAGGCAGAACUUCAGUAACAUUCGCUGCUCCUGUUCAGUUCGGAAUUAAUUAAUACACGUACAUACACACUUUCUUUACUCUGCAUGCACACUUUUCACUCUGUGUACACACUUUACACUCCUUAUU